AUGUCAACGAUACCAGGCCUAGAGAGGCCGGCCCCCGUACCCACUGAUCUGACCAAGCCCUUCUGGGACGCCUGUAACGAGCGGCGGUUGGUCCUGCAGAACUGCACCGACUGCCAGCGGCUGCACUAUCCUCCCAGCCAGCGGUGCGACCAGUGUGGCUCGGCCGACAAUCUGGAGUGGAAAGAGGUCCCGGGCAAGGGGCAUAUCGACGUGUACAUGGUGAUACGCGAUUCCCGGAUCAGGGGGUUUCGCUCGGCGCAGCCCAUCAACUUUGCGGUGAUAACCCUGGACGAGGACCCGGGAGUCAACUUCCUGUCCAACCUCCCGGGCACCCCGCCGGGCGAAGUUCCCGUCGGAGCGCCGGUGGAGUUGAUAUUCGAAGAAACGAGUACCGGUCAGUUGGUCCACGAAUGGCAGGUGGUCACCUAG